CCUCGCCAAAAAUGGUGGGGUGACUCGCUGACUCUUCCGCCAUUGUCGUCUCCGGUACAGGAAUGGAUUAUAGUAGGAGGAUAUAUACGAGGAGGCAGUGGGGUGACUUUUGCAGGGAAUGGAAUGAGGAGAAGAAGAGGAAGAAGAAGCAAAACCAGACCAGCAAUAUUGCUUGUCCUGGAAAAGGUGACAGCUUUCCAGUUGUAGUGGCCAUUGAUGAAGAGGAUCAAGAAGAUGACAGUCCCGCGGAUGAAAUUCUUGGGGGAAAACCCGCGGUGAGUGUAGAGGAGGAGGAGGAGAGUGAUGACAAAUUGAAGAAGAGUAAGAAAAGGAGGAGGAGGAAUGGUGUCAUUGGAAAAAACAGUAGUUUUCGUGAUCGCGGCUGUGGUGAAGUGUUGUUGAAAUCUUCCAAGAACGUGAAAAAGGGGUUGGUUGUGGAAGAGAAUAUCGGAAAUGGUUGUGUUGAUUCAGUAAAAGAGGACGAAAAUCGCGUUUCUAAAGAUGAAAUGGCGGGAAAAAUUGUUGGGGGAAACCCGGUGGCGAGUGUGAAGGAGAAAGAUUGUGGGAGCAGUGUUGGAAUGUUGAUGAAAUCUUCAAAGAACGUCAAGGAGGGUAUAAUGGGAAAGAAGAAAAUUGGGAAUGGCGGUGUUGAUUCAGAAGGUGAAGGUGGUGACGAAGUGCAUGAUCAUGGAAUGGAGGAAGAGGGAUAUGAAUCUCGUUGCCAUACGUCAAAUGAGAAGAUUUCCAAUAAUGGUGGCUGUGAUGAUGGUGAUCAUGUUCCAUUCUUGGAUAACUGUUUAACUUCAAGAGAAAUAAUGUUGACAAAUGGGGUUGAUGAAGAUGAUGGGAUGGAUGAGGGCGAUAUGGGUAAUUCAAAGGAGAAGAAUGAUGAAAAGGUGGAGAAGAAGAUAGAAUGCUCCAAUGGUGAUGGUGUUUGUCCAAUGGCUGUCGAAGACAAUGAAGAAGAAGAAGAUGAUGAUGAUGAUGUCACUUGGAUUGCGAAGGAAGACAUUGUAAUCAAUUCAGAUCACCAUCAACGGAGGCUUGACAAGCAGAUAAAAAAGAGCAAAUGCAAUGUAAGGAACAACAAUGCCCUCUUCGGCAUUGCUUUUCGUCUCAGAUCACGUUCGGCCUCCCAGUUUACAAUCAAGGGAAACAGCAGGGUUGAUUCAGAAAACGAGGAAGAAAAUCGCAGUUCUAAAGAUGAAAUGGUGGGAGAAAUUCUUGAAGGAAACCGAGGGGCGAGUGUGAAGGAGAAAGAUAGUGAGAGCAAUGCUGGUUUUGUUGGUUGCAGUGAUAUUUUGCUGAAAUCUUCGAAGAACGUGAAGAAGGGUAUAAUGGGGAAGGAGAAAAUUGGGAAUGGUAAUGUUACUUCAGAAGGUGAAGGUGAAGAAGUGUUUGAUCAUGAAAUGGAGGAAGAGGGAUGUGAGAAGGUUCCCAACCAUGGUGGCUGUGACGAUGGUGGUCGCGUUUCCUUCUUGGAUAGUCAUAUAACUUCAAGAGUAAUAAUGUUGACAGAUAGGGAUGAUGAUGAGGGCAGUAAAACAUAUAACUUCAAGAAGAAAAUGGAAUGCUCCAAUGUUUGUCCAAUGGAUGUCGAAGACGAUGAAGAUGAUGAUGUCACUUGGAUUGCGAAGGAAGACUUUGUUAUCAAACAAAAGAUUGACAAGAAGAAAAAGAAGAGCAAAUGCAAUAUAAGGACCGGUAAAGCGCACUUAGGCAUUGCUUUUCGUCUAAGAUCAUGUUCGGUCCCCGAGUUCACAAUCAAGAAAAAGAAACCAAACAACAAGAAUAAGAACAAGAACAACGACAGCGCGAUAAGGUCCCACAAUGGAAAGAAACACAAAAAUGUUAAAAACAGUUCCCCUGCUUCCAAGGAAGAGCAAUCAAAGAAGUUUUCAUUCUAUGAGGCAAAACACGCAGAGAAUCACAACGGAAAGAAGAGAAAAAGAGUAAAAUGUCCUCACAGAAUGAAGAUGUCGAAAUGUGGGACGAAAGAUUUCGAGCUCAAGAAAAUGAUUUUGGACUCACUAUGGGGGGAUGCAGGCAUCACCAAGAAAAAGAUGCCGUUUUCCAAAGAGAACGUGAAAUGGCCGUUGCCUCUAAAGUUCUGGUUUGAGGACGAAGAUCCUUCUCCCCCAGAGAAAAGCAAAUGGGAGAAAGACAUCGAGAGCCUCUUCGCGGAUCUUCAAUCAAGUCUUGAGGAAGUCAAAGAGAGCUUGACCACUGAACCUAUGGCAGAAGAUGAUUGCAGCAAUUAUGAAGAGAACGAAGACGACCCUCCAGCAGUCUGCUGCAAAAAGGGGAAACACUUCCUGAUUUUAGACGAGCAGAUUGGGCUGAUUUGCAAGCACUGUUCAUUCGUGCACCGCGAGAGGAGGUUCAUCCUGCCCUCAUUUGCCAUUAAAACUGGUGGGAGACGAUACGCGAAAUGCUUUGAUGGAUACGACCAUACUUUUGGUUAUGGCCUUCCGGCGUCUGGGGCUGCUGGGACCCCCCAUUGCUCUUCAAUCUCUGAUGGAGGAGGGACAGUGUGGGACGUUCUUCCUUGGCGUAUCAAAGAAACGAUGUAUCCGCAUCAGCGCGAGGGGUUCGAGUUCUUGUGGAGGAACAUCGCGGGGGACAUUCACAUUGAGAAUCUGAAGAAGCUGACGCCGGACGGCGGGAAGGGUUGCAUCAUUUCACACGCCCCCGGCACGGGGAAGACGCGCCUCACCAUAACCUUCCUCUUCUCAUUCAUGAAGCUCUUCCCCACGUGCCGUCCCCUCAUCAUAGCCCCCCUCAGCAUGCUCCUCACGUGGGAGGCGGAGUUCAAGAAGUGGGAGGUCGACAUCCCUUUCCACAACAUGAACAACCGCGCGUUGUCCGGGAGGGAAUUCGCCCACGCCGCGGACGGAUUCGCCCUCCCCUACGAGCCCAAGGGGUGGGAGUCGAAGCGCGUGCUCAAGCUCUGUGCGUGGGCGAAAGGGUCCGGAAUCUUGGGCAUUUCCUACCGGCUCUUCGAGCAGCUCGUGAGGGUGAACGAGAACCGCGAAGACGACCGGGUGAGGAAGAUACUCCUCAAUGUCCCAAGCUUGGUGGUGCUCGACGAGGGGCACACCCCGAGGAACGACGGGAGCCUCCUUUGGAAUGCACUCUCAAGGCUUGAGACGCCGCGCCGGAUCAUCCUCUCCGGAACCCCUUUCCAGAACAACUUCGACGAGCUGUACAACACGCUACGCCUCGUGUGCCCGAAGUACGUUCUGAAGAGGAAUUCGGGGAAGAAGGUGUGGGACCGCCUCACGACCUCUAUCAUGGAGGAGGAAAAAAACCCGGACGUGGGGGAGCUCAAGAGCAUCAUUGCCCCUCUGGUCCAUGUCCACAAAGGAUCUAUACUGUUAGACCGUCUCCCCGGGUUACGGUCCACAUUGGUGUACCUAAACCCAACCCCCCUGCAACAGAGGAUGUUCCUAGUCACCCCACAGAGAAAGUUCUUUGAAGAGGACAACCUGAUGACUAGGAUCUCCGCCCACCCUUCCCUUGUCAAGGACGUCCCGGGCUUCUCCGAGUUCAAGCCCGAAAUGGAGGCGGUUGAGCUUGACCCGGACGCGGGCCCGAAGACCGAGUUCGUGUUCGCGCUCAUCCGGUUAAGCCACUUGAACUCAGAGAAGGUCAUAGUCUUUAGCCAGUACCUUUCCCCCUUGGACCUCCUCAAGAAACAGAUGGAGGCAGUUUUGGAUUGGGUGGAGGGGAGGGAGGUGCUGUACAUGGACGGCGACGUGCAGUGCAAACAGCGCCAGGUGGCGAUCAACACGUUCAACGACCCGGGCAGUGAGGCGAAAGUGCUUUUGGCCUCCACAAGGGCCUGCUCUGAGGGGAUAAACCUCAUAGGGGCAUCCAGGGUGGUUCUGCUGGACGUGGUUUGGAACCCGUCGGUCAAGAGGCAGGCUUUGAGCAGGGCGUACAGGCUAGGGCAGACGAAGGUCGUGCAUGUAUACCACUUGAUUUCGUCGACAAUGGAGGCCAAGAAGUUCAGCUGGCAGGCCAAGAAGGACUUGCUGUCUGAGCUGGUGUUCUCCACGUCGGAUGGUGGGGUCCGCGACGGUGGCAGGAGAGGGGAGGGGCUCCGGGGGUCGGAAGAUAGGAUCUUGGAGGCCAUUGUUCGGCACCCGAAGCACGGGAGGAUCUUUGAUCGGAUGGUUCAUAAUCCUAACGAAUCCGAUUCUAUCGACACAUUCGAUUUCGUGGAGUAGAGAUUUGUUAUUUACUAAUAAAACUUUGUCAAUAUUGUAUCUUGUAAUAUUUUCUUCUUUGUAAUGUUGAUGUGUACUCAUUCAAAUAAUGCCUUGACUUGUGUUUAAAAGACUUGGAUAUGAGCAAUGCAAGGAGUACAGUAAGUACACUAGCAGUUGGAGCCAAUGUCAAUGCCAUUAUAUGACAUUGUUCUAUUUAAAGAUCCUAUGGUGCUCAAGUGUCAUAAUAUGAUGUUGGUGUAAAAAAAUGUUUAUGUGUUUU